GCGACCACGUUUGAUGAGACAAAGAAAAAGAACCAGAUAGUGAAAUAAUUCAUCUAACAGCAAAUAUGCAGUGGAGUCUGGUUCUGCUCUUUCUGAUGAGUCAGUGUUGUUUCAUCCACUGUCAUCUCUAUGAGUAUCACUACAUUAAUGUUAAUAAGACCUGGACUGAAGCUCAGCAGUACUGCAAGGAGAAACACACUGACCUGGCCACAGUGUCUAACAUGGCAGACAUGAAGAGACUCCCCAAUAACUCAGCAGGAGAUGUGAGGGAAGCUUGGAUUGGUCUGCAUGAUCCACCAGGUGUCAACAGAACAUGGUACUGGUCUCUGCCUGAACUGGACUUCAAUGACAGUGAAGCAAAAUGGGACACAGGAGAACCGACUGAUAAAGGAAAGGGAGGAUCUGAGAACUGUGGGUUUCUGUAUAAAAACCUCACAUGGGCAGAUGGGUCUUGUCACCAUAAGGAACAUUUCCUCUGCUAUGAUGAAACUAAUAGAACACAGAAAUACCACUUGAUUAAAGAGAAGAAGACCUGGCAGAAAGCUCAGAGUUACUGCAGAGAGAAUCACACAGACCUGGUCAGUGGACUGAAGCAGCUACAGGAUGGAGAGCUGAACAAGGUGAUGAAGUCAGUGGGAAAUGAUACCCACAUACAUUUUGGUCUGUUCAGAGACACCUGGAGGUGGUCAGAUGGAAGCAGUUUCUCUUUCAGACACUGGAACAAUGAGUUGAACAAUGCACAAUCCAACAGUGGUCAAUGUGCCAUGACUGGGUUUGGUGAUGAAGGCAGAUGGAAGAAUGACAGCUGUGAUGUUAAAAAACCCUUCAUCUGUUAUGAUGAUAAAGUGAUCCUGAUCAAAGAAACUAAAACCUGGGAGGAAGCCUUGUACUACUGCAGAGAUCACUACCAUGACCUGGUCACCAUCACCAACCUGGAUGAGCAGAGAUGGGUCCAGGAGAAAGCCAAGAAUGCCUCCACUGAUUAUGUCUGGAUGGGACUGCGCUACACCUGUACUCUGAAUUUCUGGUUCUGGGUCAGUGAUGAAGUGGUCAGCUAUCAGAACUGGGCUUCAGAUGGACUGAUGGAUGACUGUGACAUGUCUGGAGCCAUGAAGGCAGGAGGAAAACAUCAGUGGAGGAAAACAAAUGAUCUUAUGAUGUUUAAUUUCAUCUGUUCUAAUAAUUGAAAUUAAACUUGUAUCUUAAGAGGCUAAGUAAUCUGCCUUCCUUUUGCUGUUUUGCAGCAUGGUUUUUGUUACUAAACUUUAAACUUUUUGUGUGUGGUAUGAAAUAAUCACCAAUAUAUUACGUCUGUUUUAAACAUUUUAGAGUGAGUUUCUUUAUUUGCCUGAUAAUUUGC